AUGCCUGAAAAAUGGGAUGAAGAAGAGGACAGCAGUAGCACUGCUCCGUCAUCACCCCCGGCCGCUGCCACAAUCCCUAGACGUGGCAAGUUCGACGACGAGGAAGAGAAUGACAGCGAUGUUCUGGACAGUUGGGAUGCAGCAGAAGAUUCCGAGGUCGAGCGCGAGAAGGCUAAGGUAGCCGCCGAAAAGAAGGCCAAACUAGAGGCAGAGGAGAAAGCAAACAAGAAGACAAAGGCCCAACGUAUUGCCGAACGACAAGCCGAAAAUGCUCGCAGACUCGCCGAGGAAAGCAGUGAUGAUAGCAGUGAAGAAGAUGCAGCCACGAGACGUGAACGCCUUCGUCGUACCGAGCAAGAAUCCGACUUGAAGCACGCCGAAGAUCUGUUCGGCAAUAUUGGUAUCAGCAACAGCCGCAAAGCAACCACUGCGGCUAACGCUGUAGUUGUUAACUCGGCUGAUCCGAAUGCUACUGUUGAUCUCACUACGCUGCCACUUUUCGACCCAAAGACCAAGAUUCAGUUUGAAAAGAUGCGAGAUACCUUGGUUCCAGUUAUUGCCAGCAACACCAAGAAGGCUCACUACACCAUCUUCCUACAAGAGUUCGCGAAACAACUUGCCAAAGAUCUACCCAGCGAUCAGAUCAAGAAGAUUGCAAGCAGUUUGACUGCUUUGAGCAACGAGAAAAUGAAGGAGGAGAAGUUGGCUGAAAAGGGGGGCAAGAAGAGCAAGGCUGCAAAGUCAAAGACUACAUUGGUUGCUAGUCGUAACGUGGCAACUUCUGCUGAUGUGAAUGCUUAUGACGAUGAUUUCGGAGAUGAUGAUUUUAUGUGA